GGGCGAUGGUGGUGGCGGCGGCGGCGUGAAGCGCGGCGGGACCCGGGGCGGGCUGCCCGGCUGGGCGUUAGGGCAGAGCGGCGUGUGCCCGGUUGGCGUGUGCCAUGAGGCUCCCGGAGGAGGAGGAGGAGCAGCAGCGGGGGGAGGGCAGCCGCAGGGCGCUGCCGCAGUAAUGGGCAGGCGGCACCGCUGCCUCUCGCCUUGCCGCCCGCUGUCGGUGACCGCCCGUGAGUCCUGCAGCCUCUACAUCAUCUACGGCGUGAGGAAUGAUGAUUCCCUGAGAGAACUUCCUUUCAAUUACCUGUCUGCUCCUAUUGCGUGCUGCUCCGUGCCAGUGAUGAGCCCUUCAGCUAGACUGGGAUUUACCCUGGAGAAGGGAGAGGCGGAAUAUGAAUUGUAGACAUCCCAUCAAGUUCCUCGUGCGCUGUUUCUAUGGUGUUUGUGUAUAAAUCUGCUGGCAUUGAGCACACACACUCUUAAACCCACGUUGGUAUUCACAGAGUUACUGCUGUGUAAGAGGACUGGUGUUUUCUCACCAUCAUGGCUUCGGUUUGGAAAAGACUGCAGCGUGUUGGGAAACACGCAUCCAAGUUCCAGUUUGUGGCCUCUUACCAGGAGCUGAUGGUGGAAUGCACCAAAAAAUGGCAGCCAGAUAAACUAGUGGUGGUUUGGACAAGAAGAAGCCGAAGAAAAUCCUCUAAGGCUCACAGCUGGCAGCCCGGGAUCAAGAAUCCCUACCGUGGGGUGGUGGUGUGGCCCGUCCCUGAAAACGUUGAAAUUACUGUCACGCUCUUUAAGGAUCCCCACGCCGAAGAGUUUGAAGACAAAGAAUGGACAUUUGUCAUAGAGAAUGAAUCUCCUUCUGGACGCAGAAAAGCCCUUGCCACCAGCAGCAUCAACAUGAAGCAAUACGCCAGCCCCAUGCCCACCCAGACUGACGUCAAGUUAAAAUUCAAGCCUUUGUCCAAGAAAGUGGUGUCUGCCACACUACAGUUCUCGUUAUCUUGUAUUUUCCUGAGGGAAGGAAAAGCCACGGAUGAAGACAUGCAAAGCCUGGCUAGUUUGAUGAGUAUGAAACAAGCUGAUAUUGGAAAUCUAGAUGAUUUUGAGGAAGACAACGAAGAAGAUGAAGAAAACAGAGUGAAUCAAGAGGAAAAGGCUGCGAAAAUUACAGAAAUUGUAAACCAGUUGAAUGCUCUGAGCAGCUUAGAUGAAGAUCAAGAUGACUUCGUAAAGCGAGCAAAUAUGCCUUCAGCUAAAUCAGCCAGUUCCUCUGAAGAGCUUAUCAAUAAGCUUAAUUUUCUGGAUGAAGAGGAGCAAGACCUGGCCGACAGUAGCACGAACCCUUUUGGUGACCCUGACACAGCAGAAAUAAAUCCAUUUGGAGACCCUGAUGUAGAAGAACCGGACACUGGAAUGGCUUCGUCUUCAAAGCCAGAAGGAAGUUUCCACACGGACAGUUACAAUCCCUUCAAGGAUGAUGAGCCCCCGGAGUACUUGAACCCCUUCGAGGAGCCGGACGCUGAGCCCGAACCCUUCGUGACCGUGCGAGAUUCUCCUCCCCAACCUGCAAAAAGGAAGAACCUCAGACCGGUGGAUAUGAGCAAAUACCUCUACGCGGAUACCUCCAAACCCGAAGAGGAAGAGCUAGAUGAAUCAAAUCCAUUUUAUGAACCAAAAUCCAGCCCUGCUUUAAUUAAAGUUGCUCCGCUGCAAGAACCAGAAAAGAAGAUGAAAAGGAAGGCUCCCGAACCACCAAACCUCUUGCCGAAGCCGGAGACGGGCGUGAGCGAGAACACGGUGGCCCUUCCCGCGUCGAGGGAGCUUUCUUCUUCUCCUAAGCCAAGCCCAAUACCAAGUCCUGUUUUGGGGAGAAAGCCAAACGCGAGUCAGUCACUGCUUGUGUGGUGCAAAGAAGUUACGAAAAACUACCGGGGAGUGAAAAUCACCAAUUUCACUACGUCGUGGAGAAACGGCUUGUCUUUUUGUGCAAUAUUACAUCACUUUAGACCAGACCUAAUUGACUACAAGUCCCUGAAUCCUCAAGAUAUUAAAGAGAACAACAAAAAGGCGUACGAUGGGUUUGCCAGUUUGGGAAUAUCGCGGUUGCUGGAGCCUUCCGACAUGGUUUUAUUGGCGAUACCCGACAAGCUGACCGUGAUGACCUAUCUCUACCAAAUACGGGCGCACUUCUGCGGCCAGGAGUUGAACGUGGUGCAGAUAGAGGAGAACAGCAGCAAAAGCACCUACAAAGUGGGGAAUUACGAGACGGACCCCAACAGUUCCGUCGACCAGGAGAAGUUCUAUGCAGAGCUGAACGACCUGAAGCGGGAGCCGGAGCUGCAUCCCCCGGACAGCGCUUUGGUGGACUUUGCUUCUCAAGAUGACUCCGUCUUCGUCACCGACAGUGGGGUGGGCGAAUCCGAGAGGGAGCACCAGACUCCCGACGACCACCUGAGCCCCAGCACGGCUUCUCCGUCUUCUCGCAGGACUCGGAGCGACACGGACCCGCAGAAAUCCCAGCAGAGCUCCGGCAGGACUUCUGCCUCCGAAGAGGUUGGGAAGUGCGGCGCUACGGAGGCCGCGCAAGCGCCGCCAGUGCCGGGGAGGAAGAAGUUGCUGGUGGGUGACACUUUGGACCUGAGUGACUUGGCCCACGUCAGCGAUCCAAAAGAGGACACCUCUCCCACCAUCACCUGUGAAGAUAACGACAAGAAGAGACACCAGAGCUCAGACAGCCCUGUUGGUUUCUCUGAGCUAGACAAGCCGGGGUGUGUAGCAUCCGUAGAGAGCACAAGAGCAGAUCCAGGUUCACCUGUCACGAAGCCCAGUUUAUCUCCCACUUCUAAGCUGGGCUACUCCUACAAUAAGGACACAGACCUUGCAAAGAAACCGCACGCUUCUCCGAGGCAAACAGAAUCCGAUUGGGAGGUCGAGGCCAGAUCGGCUGGAAAUCAUGCAGAUCAAACUGCCAAAACAGCCCAGCAACGAAUGUUGUCAAGACAGGAAGAACUUAAAGAACGAGCAAGAGUUCUGCUUGAGCAAGCAAGAAGAGAUGCGGCUUUAAAGGCAGGGAAUAAGCAACUCUCCAAUCCCAUCAUCCCGGCCCGCAAUAAGCAGCUGAACGAUCAGCAAGAUGAAGAGCGGCGUCGGCAGCUGAGAGAGAGAGCUCGUCAGCUAAUAGCAGAAGCUCGAUCUGGAGUGAAGAUGUCAGAACUUCCUAGCUACAGUGAAAUGGCUGCGGAAAAGUUGAAAGAAAGGUCAAAGGCAUCUGGAGAUGAGGAUGAGGAUGAUGAUAAUAUUGAGAUAGAUACUAACGAGGAGGUUCCUGAAUGCUCUGUUACUGGAGGUGGAGAUGAGCUUACUAACCUAGAAAAUGACCUUGAUUCAACGGAACAAAACAGUAAGUUGGUGGAUUUGAAGCUGAAGAAGCUCCUGGAAGCUCAGCCACAGGUGGCAAAUUCACUCUCCGGCGCUGCUCAGAAAGCUGUAACUGAUAGCUCGGAGCAAGACAUUAAGAAUGGAACAGAGGAACAUCGUGCUGAGCGAUUACAAAAAGCGGCGGAACGGUUUAGAAAUCCCGUUGUGUUCAGCAAGGACUCCACCGUCAGAAAAACUCAGCUCCAGUCCUUCAGUCAAUACGUGGAGAGCAGACCAGAGAUGAAAAGGCAGAGAUCAAUACAGGAAGAUACAAAGAGAGGAAAUGAGGAGAAGGCUGCGAUAACUGAGACUCAGAGGAAGCCAUCAGAAGAUGAAGUGCUUAAUAAAGGGUUCAAAGACACCAGUCAGUAUGUUGUAGGAGAAUUGGCAGCACUAGAGAAUGAGCAAAAGCAAAUUGACACCCGUGCCGCGCUGGUGGAGAAGCGCCUUCGCUAUCUCAUGGACACAGGAAGAAACACCGAGGAAGAGGAGGCCAUGAUGCAGGAGUGGUUCAUGCUGGUUAACAAGAAGAACGCCUUAAUCAGACGAAUGAACCAGCUUUCUCUUCUGGAAAAAGAACAUGACCUAGAAAGGCGCUACGAGCUGCUGAACCGGGAGCUGAGAGCAAUGCUUGCCAUUGAAGGUAAGAGCCAUCCUGGCUGCCAGGGGAAGGAAAGUGCUGGCCACCAAAGGCGGCCACCUGAAAGUACCAGCCACAGAGGCUUCUCUGAAGCCCAAAGACGAGACAGUUUAACUGGGAGCCUUUGCUCCAAGUCGCAGCCGUGGCCGCGGUGGCCCCGCGGGGAAGGUUUGGGUGGGGGGGGAGCUCUGCGCGGGCGCGGAGGGGGAGAGCGCACCCCGCGCAGCCCCUCACCGCGCCUCUCUCUCCGCAGGGCCGAGGAAGAGGACGAGCAUUUGGAGAGGACCCUGGAGCAAAACAAAGGCAAGAUGGCCAAGAAGGAAGAGAAGUGCGUCCUCCAGUGAGCGGCCUUUCCCGCAGCGGCGGCUCUUUUCUUCACGUUUUUUUUUAAAAAAAAAACAAAACAAAAAACGCCGACGUGAGACUUC